CAAUUAUACUUUUUGUUUUUUUAUUUUUUUUUUUUAUUUUUUCGUCAAUGAGUACAAAUGGAAAAAGAGAUGUCUUACGUUCACUAGAUUACCUACUUUAUUGUUACAUUACGUAUACCUAUUUUCUUGAUACAAGUCUAUUAGUCUUAUUUUUUCGAAUUUUAUUACAACUUCAACUAUUAUCACCUCGAGCACUCACUCGCUCUUCACGAACUGCUUUAAUUAUUAUUACAAUUGGAUGGCUUAUUUGUAUUCUUAUGCAUCUUACAACUGAACCAGGCCAACCGGGUAUCAUCAUUGAUUUCAUUGGCAAUCAACAAAAACCAAGUAUAUUUCGCUUAAUUACAUUGGAUUGUAUUAUUUACCUUUUUCAGAUUAUUCGUGUCCUGAUUACUUCCAGCUUAUCUUCACAACUAUUAUUAAAUAGUACGAUAAUUACUACAUUAACAGUGCCACCAACGUUAGCGGCAGCAUUAGGAACAGACAGUGUGACUUUAAUGUUACCUCCUCAGGAUGGCAAUAACGAUGAUAAUGGAUCAAACGAUUUGUUUUAUCAUAAUGAUUUAGUUGUAGACAUUGGAUUAAAAGCAUCAAUUAGAAAUAUUAUGUAUGCCGAUAUGGAAGAAGAUUCGAAUUCAGCUAGAGAUGGUUCCGAACGUCUACCUGUUUAAAAAUAUGUAUAUGUAAAAGUCUUAUUUAGAAAAAUCCUCAUCAUUUUUUUUUUUUUUUUUUUUUUAAAAAAAAA